AUGGAGAGAGCUAACCGCACACUUGUCACUGAAUUUGUCUUCCUGAGAUUUUCUAACUCCCCACAUCUCCAGUUGCUCUUCUUCUCCCUCUUCCUCCUUAUCUACCUCUUGUCUCUCAUGGGCAAUGCACUCAUUGUCCUCAUCGUGGUCCUAGAUGGGCACCUCCACACUCCCAUGUACUUCUUCAUUGGCAACCUCUCCCUGGUGGAAAUCUGGUACACCACAGUCACUGUGCCCAAGAUGCUGGCCAAUUUUCUAAGCCCCCAAGGGGUCAUCUCAGUUUCCAGCUGCAUCGCCCAAUACUACUUCUUCUUCUCCUUAGCUGCCACUGAGCUCUUCAUCCUCACCACCAUGGCCUUUGACCGCUACGCUGCCAUCUGCCGCCCACUCCACUACCCACUGCUGCUCAGCCCUCAAAUUUGUGGGAUUCUGGCGGGGGUCUGCUGGUCCAUGGGAUUUGUCUGCCCCAUGUUCCCCUCAUUCCUCCUUGCACAAAUCUCUUUCUGCACGCCCAACCAGAUCAACCACUUCUUCUGUGAUGCUGACCAGAUUUUUCGUCUUUCCUGCACAGACACAUACGCCAUCCAAGCGGUGGGCUAUGCUUUCAGCACUGUCAUUAUCCUAGGAGCCCUGGUCUUUACCAUGGCUUCUUAUGCACUAAUCCUGGCCACAAUUCUAGCCAUGGCCUCAGUUGCAGCACAACGCAAGGCCUUCUCCACCUGUACAGCUCACCUGUCCGUGGUCACCAUCUAUUUUGGCACUCUCAUAUUCAUGUAUGUCUGCCCAGCAGUAAAAUAUGUGUCAAAUAUCAACAAGAUUGUUGCCAUCUUCUACUCAGUCAUCACCCCACUUCUUAAUCCUCUCAUCUAUACACUCCGCAACAAGGAUGUCAAGGAGGCUUUGAAGGUGUUGUCAUCCCAGAUCCAAAGAGUUUGCCCCACAAGCAGAAGGCUUCAGUGA